GAACAUCCCCCUUCUCACAUCACAUUUCUCUUUGCCUACUACUUCCUCUGCUUCUUCUAUUCAAAGAAAAAUUGCUGACUCAAACCAAACACCUGUUUUUUCCCACUGAAACUCAAGUUCCUUCUGUUCCCUUUUCCUUGUACUUAGAAUCAGGAGUGAAUAAGAAGAAGAGUUAAUUAGGGAAAAUUAAUUUCCUUCUUAUUAUGGAAAACAAUCACCAGCUACAAAUUAACCCUUCUUCUCAGCCCAUUAAGCCAUCAAGAUUCAAAAGAAUAUGUGUUUUUUGUGGUAGCAGUCCUGGAAAGAAGCCUAGUUAUCAGCUUGCUGCUAUUCAACUUGGCAAUCAACUGGUUGAAAGGAACAUCGACUUGGUUUAUGGAGGUGGUAGUGUUGGCUUGAUGGGCCUAGUCUCUCAAUCAGUUUUCAAUGGUGGCCGCCACGUGUUAGGGGUGAUUCCUAAAACUCUUAUGCCAAGAGAGAUUACUGGAGAGACUGUUGGAGAAGUGAGAGCAGUGUCUGGGAUGCACCAAAGAAAGGCAGAAAUGGCAAGGCAAGCUGAUGCAUUCAUAGCCUUACCAGGUGGCUAUGGGACAUUGGAGGAACUCUUAGAAGUCAUCACUUGGGCUCAACUAGGCAUUCAUGAUAAACCAGUAGGUUUACUUAAUGUAGAUGGGUACUACAAUUCAUUAUUGUCAUUUAUAGACAAAGCUGUUGAUGAAGGCUUCGUUACACCCGCUGCCCGCCACAUCAUUAUAUCUGCCCCGACUGCCCAAGAACUGAUGUCCAAGCUUGAGGAUUAUGUCCCGAAGCAUAACGGAGUGGCACCAAAAUUAAGUUGGGAAAUGGAGCAACAACUUGGCUACACAACAACAAAAUUGGAAAUUGCUCGUUGAAUUUUCAAAUGAUGGGUAGAUAAUAUAUAUAGAGAAGUUUAGUAAAUUUCUUUGAGGAGUUAAAUUCAUCAAUUAUGAGUUACCACAAGGCAAGAUGUUGAUGAGAAAGCUUCAGGGAAUUAGCAGCUUCGCAGCACUUUUAACUUGCUGUUGAUGAUUAGUUUAAGGAAAAAAUUAUUACGUAAUUAUUUGUUUAGUGUUGAUUCAUUUUUGUCCAUUAGGCUAAUCAAAGCCUAAUUAAACAGGAAAAAUUGAUGUAGUACAAGUAAUUGUUUUUCUGUCUGUAUAUGAUUGCUGUUCUUGUA